GGUCACACUCGAAUGGUUGAAUGGUGACUGACAGUGACUGCUUGUCUUUACUUAGAGAAUGGACAGAUCUCCUCCCCGUUGCUUCAACUAAUUGUGUGUCCAGAGUACGAACACCGAUGGUGGGAUAGGUUCCUUUGCUAGAAUACUCUUGCGUAGAAAAAGUACCAUCUGUUAGGGAGGAUGGAUCUCAUUGACACAGUGAACGUCGCAUUUCAGGACCCAUACGCCACUCCAUACCAGUUCGUUCGGGGGAAAGAAAAUCCACAAGUAGCCGUAAGUACAGCAGUUCGUUGGCUCGAGUGAACGACACUUACCGACGGUGUCAUAAAAAGCAAUCGACACCACUAUCAACAACACACACACACACACACACACAUUCCUUCCAGCGUUCCCCCAUGGUUGCUUCGUUUUCAAUGGGCCGAAACUCGGCGACGUGGUCGGUGUCACCGUGCACCCGCAUUCUUCUACUGACGCUCGCAACGUGGAACACGUUACCAUCACUCGUCCAAGCCGAGUGCUUGGCCAAUACGGAGUUCAACGACUUUUUCGAAGGCCUCGUGGGAGCACCCAUUCCCAGUGAAGGCUCGUGCUGCAUGUUUGACGUGUGCGGACUCGAAUGUCCCGUCGAUGUGCCCGAACCCAGUAACGGCUUUGGAAUUGCCGUGGCCAUUAGCAUCGUCAUCUCCUUCUUGAUCGGCAUCGCCACCUUCUUUGUUGUCAAGGGACAGUCCGUCAACUUCUUCGUCGCCGGUCGGUCGCUCCCGUUAUGGAUCGUAUCCAUGACGCUCGCGGCCCAAUCGAUCGACUCCAACGCCAUCCUCGGGAACGCCGAUUUGUCCUACAAGUUUGGCUUUUACGACGGCGCCGUCAUUCCCAUUGGACUCGGACUCAGCCUCAUCCUCAACGGUAUAUUCCUCGCCCACCACGUCAACAACGAUGAAGUCCUGACGCUGCCCGAUAUCUUCGCCAAGCGCUACGGCAAGGUCGUCGAAAUCCUCGUCUCCUUGACCACCAUUUGCAGCUUUCUCAUGCUCCUCGCCGGGAAUCUCGUCGGAUUCGGGGCCAUUACCAGCUACGUUUGGGGUAUUUCCGAUACCGCCGCCAUCUGGAUAGCUGCCGGUAUCGUCUGGGUCUACACCGCCAGUGGCGGACUCUUCUCCGUCGCCUAUACCGACGUAGUUCAGGGACUCAUGGGAUGGUCCGGAUGCAUCGUCAUGGCCUUUUGGUUCAUCGCCAACGAAGAACCCAACGCUCCUCCACCUUCGAUUGGAUACCCACUCUACGUCUACCCGGAUAAUAUUGGGGACGGCGGUGUCUGCGACAUGUACGACGGAGUCCCCUGUGCCGUCACGGCCGACGCGUGCUGCUACAAUAUUGAACGCUGGUGCCCGGAAUUCAACGUCACGGGACAGUGCGAACGCUUCGACCGCGGAGCCUACCCCGUCGGUGAUCAGCGCAUUUUUUCCGACCAAAUGUCCAAUUUUCGUGCGCUGACACCCUUUCCCAACGCCAUUUUCUGGAACUGGGCCACCAUUUUUAUUCUCGGAUUCGGCAACCUCGCCGCCCUCGAUUUUCAAGCCCGGUGUAUGGCUAGCAAGACGCCCCGAACGGCACGUAUCGGCUGCAUUAUUGGCGGGUUGUUUACCUUUUUGAUCGGUAUUCCCUUUGCCUACAUGGGCGCCAUUUCACGAGUGUACUACGGUCCGGAUUCCAUCCACGCCGAAUUCGAGGUGGACACGUGUCUCAGUCAGUUGGCCCUGCCCACCUGUGGCCUCUGGCUCCCCGACAAGAACGCCUUUAUCAAGUUGUUGACGCACCAAGCUCCCGACUUUUUGGGUGGUUGGUGUUUGGUCGGGAUCGUUGCCGCCAGUAUGAGUACAGCCGACGGAGCUAUUCUAGCCAUGGGUACGGUCUUUGCCCAUAACAUCAUGCGUCAAUUUGAUGAAUGGAUUCCCAAUUUGGUGACGCCGGACAAUUUGUUGGUCACCGCACGCGUCGCCACUUUGCCCUUUACUCUAAUCAGUACCUUUAUUGCGGCCUUUUACCGAUCCUCCCAUUCGGCCGGGGCGACCGGGUACUUGUUGAUUGUUGCUUUUGAUAUUGUCUUGGCCACCGUCGUGGUCCCUUUGUUUGGAUGCUUCUACUGUAAAAACCCUUCUCCCCGUGCCGCUUUUGUGGCCAUUAUCGGCGGUGCCAUUACGCGUGUCGUGCUGGAAUUCGCUCUGCCCAAGGACGGUUUCUUGCUUUUGCCGUACGAUGCGCCCGAAUUUCUCAACACUGGCCCCGGCGCCAGUACCGGUACGCCGGUCUUUUGGGACGUGGAUCCGGGCGACAUGUGGGACGAAACCGUCGAACCCUGCGUCCAGGAAUCCUUUGAAGACUUCACCGGCGUGGAUUCCUUGUCCGCCUUUUUGGUUUGCAUUCUUUCGUUCGUGUCCGUGCAAACGAUCGAGCACUGUACGGGCAAGCCUUUGUUCAGUUUUGCCGGUAUGCAGGGUUACCACAAGGAUACUACGGAACAUCCACUCAAGGGUAGCAGUAUUGACAAAAUGGACGAAACGGCCUUUCAGGACGAUACCACGAAACGCGGAAAUCCCGACGCCGAUGAAGGCGAUGCCUAAGGUCGACACGAACUCGGUGUAAGAUGUCUCUUCUUUUGAAGUUCGAGAGUGGAAUGUUGUAAUAUCUACUUGAUCAGCAGUUUGGAUGCCGGUGGGCUCAUUGCUGGUUUUGUUGGCAUAUUCUAUACCGUACAUGGUUUUCGGGUCGAGAAAUUCAACGUGUGUUUCGAUUUAAUAUGUUUUGUUGCUAUGGGAACCGCUUCCUUGACUUCGGCAAGCAAUUUGCGUUUUUGAAUAAUAGCUUGUCCGUCGGUUUUAAUUUGGUAGUAUAGCGUGAUUUUUAUGUUUUGC